CGUCACAAAAUAGAACCGGGAGCAUUUUUCCCACGAUCAGCUGUAAAUAAUAAUAGCCAACAACCGCUUCCAAAACAAUAAAGAAGACGUCGAUGCAAACUCUAUUGCAGAGAACCCAAUUUGAACUUUCCUUUCAGUGAAUUUUUGUUGGGCAAAAUAGAGACAAUUCUCAUCAGAAAUUAAAAAGUUUUCGUGCUUUCUUCUUCAAAUACAAUAUUGGGAGCCAUGUCGUUGGCAUCGCGCGAAUUCUUCGAUGGCGUGGGAAGAUUCUAUUCCGAUCACUGUAUAUACAUGCCGGCAAUGCUUGGGUGGUUUCUCUUCUCUGCCAUAUUGAGUAAGCUCGAUCUAUUGAGUUCGGACAGCCAAUCCUAGUUUAUGACUCGGCUUUAUUACCCAUUUAUCUCCAUUGAACGUAUACCUCACUUUAUUUUGAUUGCAAAUCGAUUUUAGGCUCAUACAAUAAAUAUGUCUUUGGAGAUGGCCAUAUGAACUUCCCUUGCCCACUUCUUUUGACAUCGGUACACUUUUUGAUACAGUGGAUAUUUUCCUAUGUCGCAUGCGCCUGUUUCCCAGAAAAACUAGGAGCAGAUAGAGUUACCAACAUGACUUGGAAGGAAUGGGCAUCAGUUAGUGUGCCCUGCGGUAUUGUAACUGCGCUUGACAUUGGUUUUUCCAACUUAGCAUUGGUCACAAUCACGUUGACCUUUUACACAAUGGUAAAAGCUUCGACGCCAAUAUUUGUUCUUAGUUGGGCAUACAUUUUCAAAAUUGAACGCAUAACGUGGCCUCUAAUCGGAGUUGUAAUAGUUAUUGCAAUGGGAGAGUUCUUGACGGUGUUUGGGGAAGUCGACUUUGUAUUUCAUGGUUUUGCUCUUUGCCUGCUGGCAAGCGUCCUUUCGGGAGCGCGCUGGACCUUAGUCCAACUCAAGCUCCAAAAUUUGGACCCUCCUCUGAAGUCCACCUUAGUUACUAUGAAGUUGUUGACACCGAGUAUGGUUUGGAGCAUGGUGUUUUUGAGUAUAGUUAUUGAGAAACCUUGGGUGAAAUUAGUAGAAGCCCAAGAUAAUGAUUCGAACGAAUUAUUGAAAGUUUUCCUCUUGGGAAUGAUUGGUGGGACCUUUGCGAUUGUCAUGAUUCUUUGCGAAUUAUAUCUCAUACUGAAGGCAUCGGCUAUUAUUUUGAUGAUUGGAGGCGUAAUCAAAGAGCUGACAACUAUCUUUGUCGGCGUUUCUUUUUUCGGGGAUAGAUUAAAUCUGAUGAACACGGCUGGGGUUUGCGUCGUGUUUAGUGGUGUGAUGUUGUACAAGGUUGUCUUCCAUUUGCAAAAGAAAGAGAACGAGAGAUCCGGUAUGGAACCAAUACAGUCCGAAGACGUGUUCGACGAAGACGAACAAGAUUUUGCCAACGAAAGCGAUGAAGAAUUUUUGGACGAAGAUCAAGAAACCUUUGUUGACGAAGUUCCUGGAGUUUCAAAUUUGAAUUGUGAGAGCGAGCUCCUAGAUGAAGAGGUAAAGUUGGAAAUGGCGACGCGCUAUUCUUGAUGAACAUACUCUUAUGUCCUCUUACAUCGAUAUUCACACGCGGUCGUUGCCUUGAAUAAUCAUCUUCAGACAAUUCUCCGUUGAGCUAAAGUGAACUACAGUGCUUGUAAUUCACGUGUUUUCGUCUCGAACACUGCUUAGAGGUAGCUCGGGUUGGGGAUAUAAAUGUCCAGCUGCCCCGGACCAAGUUCAAUCACAACAAUUCGGAUAUCUGUGUAGACAGAUUCUUUCGUUGCCUGUUGCUGAAAACUGGAACAAACGUAUGCGACUCAAAGUUUUCCUAUCGCAUAAGUUCGAUCAUGUUGCAAGUUACAAUGGAGAACUCUUUUUUCGAAGCGAAGGAAUCAAUAAUGAAUUGGUGCCGUAUCUAGUUUCGAAGAUAAGAGUCAGAGUCGAUUGGCAAAAUUCAAUCUAAGCGAUGGGCCUGGAUCGAGAUGUGAGCCACGUCGAAUGGGAUUUCGCAUUCAUCUCCCGUAAAAGGAAAUGCUACUUUCCUAAUAAAUACUUUUUAGAACAGUUUACUAACUACCUUACAAUCAAGCAACCAACCCCUUAGGUGAAGUCAUUUUUUCAAUGAUUUUCUCUGAUAUGUCCUUCGGUCGCAUCGAUUGAGUGAAGCAGUCUGAAAGUUCUCCCUUAUCGUCGUGGAAAUAUACGACAAUCGAAUGGUCGACUAAAUAAUCGCCAUCAUCGGUUUCUUCUGCUUUGCUGACGUAGACUCGGUACUUUUUAGCCAUUUCCUGUACCUGAGUUGGUGAUCCAGUCAAAAAGACGUAGUCAGGAUGGAAAUCUUUUGCAUAUUCUCUCAGGGCUGUCAAAGAAUCCCUCGCCGGAUCCACCGAAACAAAGACAGGGACAAGCUGCGAUGCCAACUGUGGGUGGGUUUCCUUGAGCUGAUCGAUCACACGAGCAAGUUUCAACAUUUCUGACGGGCAAAUAUCGGGACAACGAGCAAAUCCAAAAUAGAGCAACAGCCAUUUUCCUUGAAAGGAUGCAUUUGUAACUAACUUUCCAUCCAGAUCUACCAGCGACCAAGGUCCACCAAUUGCAGGUUUGCCAGCUAAAGGAAAUAGGUGUACACAUUUAUUCAUAUUCGGAUGAUAAAGAAAAGUAAAGACAUAAUUCGAAAGAUAAGAAAAAGAAAUUUGAUAGAAUGAGUCGUGAUAUCAGAAUCAAGCACAUCCUUAGCAACUUACAGGGACCAAAACCGUCAUCCUCAGGGAAAUAGCCCCAAGGAGUCAAUUUGAACUUUCUUGGUGCCAUAACACCAGGAUUUGGAGACCAACCAUCAGACUCACUGCUUACAACCCUCCCCAUUGCCGAUUCCAGUCGUCUUUCUCGCUCGAUGUUGUAGUAUGCAACCACGGAAGCAGCUGCUAUCCCCACCAAGAAAAGGGAGGGCCAAGAUACGGGCCCGCGAUCCUUGAUAUAUGGUGUUCCCGUGUCUACUUUUCCGGUUCCAGCUCGUGUCUUCGCAGCCGCGGCAGUCGAAAGCUCUGACUUCGGUGAUGACUUUGAUUUUGAUGUCAUCGAUCUCACCACCGACGACUGCGGCGAUGUUGUGCACUUUCGGCUUCGCAGUGCAUAUCUUCCUCCGAUAGGCGGCGACGUUGACGAAGACGGAUGCAAUGAGGUUCUAGGACCGACUACCCAU